AGGACUGCAAGACGAUCGUGGGCACUCGGUUUACAAAUGGCAAAAAAGACGAAAGACAACAACCGAGGCAGAAAAGAACUGUGUCGGCUUGAAUUUCCUCCGACAUUUGAUACCGAUGGGUGUGGAAAAGCUGUGCCGCCCCCAUGAGCUGCUCUUCCUCUCUCCGGCACCGCCCUUCCCCGCCGCCCCUCCUGCCUUCAGUGUCUCUCGCAAGAUCGCGGAUUUGUCGCUCUUGUCACUUCGCCUGCCCUUUAUCGAUGUGGCUGCUUCUGGCUUCAGCCCAUGAGUCUGUGCCUCGCCCCUGAAUUGUCACUGCUAGGCAAAGGAAAGGGGCGGGGUCGCGUGGACAGUACCGCGGAGCCCUUCCUAGGAGUUGUAUAAGGGGCUGUGAAUGCUGCAGGAACAGCAACAGCAUUGAUACAGUACGGUGGAGCCGCGAGUUGGUUGUAUAAGCAAGACCUGCAAGGAACCAAGCGCUAGAGAGAAGGGCUUCGCAAUGUUUGGGACUGUGGUGAUUGGGAUUGGGAUUGCGGGAUCAGUGCGGAUCAGAGACUUGCUGAAUCCUUUGCCUUCCAGUCCUGCAGAGCAUCUUAAAUUGCUGGGCUUUGUGUCUAGGAGAUCUCUAGGUGAUGUUCAUCAAGUCAAACAAAUUAGUCUACAAGAAGCUCUGGACAACAAGGAGGUUCAUGCUGCCAUCAUUAGUACAAAUAACCGAAACCACGAGGAAAGCAUCAGGAUGUUCUUGGAGGCUGGGAAACAUGUACUUGUUGAGUGCCCUAUGGCACUGUCGGCAAAGGCAGCGCACGAGCUCCUAGAGAUGGCAGAGCAGAAAGGUAAAGUCCUCCAUGUUGAACAUAUUGAGCUCCUGACAGAAGCAUAUAAACAGUUGAAGAAAGAGGUGAUGGGGAAGGAGCUUGUGAAGGGAACAUUACACUUCACAGGUGGCCCAUUAGAUGAAGAGCAUUCAGGCUUCCCAGCUUUUAGUGGAAUUGCCCGCCUGACUUGGCUAGUUGAUCUUUUUGGAGACCUCACAGUCACUUCUGCUGUGAGGGAAGAGCAGAAAGAAAAGAACUACUCCAGACUGACUGCACAUUUUUAUACUGAAAACAAGAGGCCUCUGACUUGGAUUGAAGAAAGGGCACCAGGGAUGAAACGGGAUAAAAAGAUCAAUAUCUGCUUCAAAAGUGGAUGCUUAGAGAGCCUGCCAGAAGCUCCCCGUUCAGCAGUUGGCCUCUUCAUGCAAGACUUGGUCCUCUUUGCCAAAAAGCUGUUGGGCCAGGUCUCCAAGGAGGAACUGGCAGCUGAGAAAAGACGGAUACUGCUGUGCCUUAACCUUGCUGAAGAGAUCCAAAUGCACUGUGAGCGGCCAACAAAAGUCUACUCUUGAAACUAGCACCUACUUGCAUUCCUGCAAGAAUUUUUUUUGUCUACAGUUCUUUAAUUUGUCAAGUUCUCCAUCAUAAUCAGAAAGGCUUCUCUAAUAAAUUCAGGCCAGUCCAAGUAUUCUGUAUUUAUCACAAAGCAAAAUGGGAUAGUUACAAGUAUAUUUCUCUGUCCCAUUGUGUAGCAUCUUACUAGUCAAAAUAGAUAGAUAUGCAAAACAAAUCUUUACAUUGUGAAGCUGAAUGUGUCCAUUCAGCAUCCAGAAGCCACAUAUGAAACACAGUUGAGCUGUUGGACAUAUAAAUAUAUUCACUGGUUACAUAACAAUGUAAGAUCUAGAUUGAUUCUAAAAAAUGACUUGCAUCAUAUAGCCCCAAAAUUGUUUUUGUUAUUGUAAUGUUGUUUCUUUCUCUGUCUCCAAGUAUACUGAAAGAAGCCUGCAUACUAAAAUUUCUCAGACUGUGCCUUUCACUUAGCCUAGUGUUGCGUCAUUGCAUUCAUUUAUAGCCUUGUUUUUAUGCUGCACUAACAAAACAUCUUCCUUAAGUGCUAUCAUCAGAAUAACCUUUGUGGAAAAUAAAUUGCUCUAUCUUACUUGGAUAGAAAUAAAAUGGGUAUUUUAGGUUUAUAAUUCCGGUCAGUUCAGCUAUUCAUAAUUGCUAUAAUACACCUCUGAAGCUCUGUGCCUGCCAAAUAAAAUCCUAAUCCAUACCUGUGGAAGACAGAAGAAAACAUCCCGAUUGGGUUGAGCUUGAACAAAAUGCAUAGAGUCACAAGAAAGAAAUCUGUAUUCACACAAGAUAUACUGUUCUGUGUCCCAUCAGGGAUUCCUUUGUUUUCCUUUAUUCCUUGUCAAGAUUCUUGGCUCAAGAAAACUAAACACCUCUUUUUGUGAAAGAAGCAGGAUCAAUUGCUUUGCUUUUAUCAAGUUCAGGUGGAGGUCAGCCUGUGGGUUUGCCAUGAAAAGGAAGAAAUAGUGAAUGCUACACUCUACAGCAGGCAUCCCCAAACUGCGGCCCUCCAGAUGUUGCUGAACUACAACUCCCAGCAUACCCAGCCACAAAAAAUUGUGUCUAGGGAUGCUGGGAGUUGUAGUUCAGCAACAUCUGGAGGGCCGCAGUUUGGCCACAUGUGCAAAACUACCUUCAUUAUUAGGCAGAACAUUAAAACUGGCUUUGCUGAAUGAAUUCAUUGUUGGUCUAAUACUGUUCCCACCAUAUUGCCUUGCUUCUAACCAGAGCCAAUCCAAGACAUUUUAGUCCCUGAGGCAAAAAAUCCAAAUGGCUUCUCUUCCCCAUUUGUGAUUACAGGCCACAAUCAGUGGACAGAUCUGACACACUGUUACUUUGAAUGUCCACUGCCACAUGAUAGUGUGCUCUGCUGAUCUCUCUGCUGACUUAAGGGAUUAGGAAGCCAACCUAAAUUACUGCAAGGAUGACUUAAACCUACUUCAAACUCUUCCUUGUGGCAUACAUUACUUUUAGCUAUUUUCUGCACUCACUGAAAUGAUCUACACAUUUGCACAGAGUAAUAUGAAAACUGGAGGACCAUGCAUCUCUGUUGCAAUAAAUUCAGGAAUCCUGGAGUUUGGGAGAUCAUGGAAAAGGCUGCAGCUGAAAUCUGUAACCUCCUAGUUCACAUGGUAGACUGCUCUUUUAAUUUAAAAAGAUGGCCAAAAAUAAGACUUGACUCGAGACAAUCUUUAUUGUAAACCUUUUAGAGCCAAAGUGAAAUUCAUUGAAGUGAAUAAUUUUGACAAUUCCGUUUGCAAAGUUAGCCACCCCCCCGGGCAUUUUAAAUAUAAUUAAAAUUUUCUCUUGAGUCCAGGGGAGUAAAGCAGGGAGGUUUAUUGCUUUGGAAACUUAAUCUGAGUUACUGGAAACUCCAGUGGCUCACAUCUAACAUCAUGCUCGCAUAAGGGUAAGAGGUUAUUUUCAUCAGUCCCCACUUCCUUCUGCUGCCCCCCACCAAUAUGUCUUCAAGGAACUAGUGUGAGCCAAUAUGUCUGUAUAUUGAAUUAACCACAUCUUUGUUGGGAUUUUCUUAAUUUUCUAGAAGACUGAAGACUCUACAAAAAAUGCAUCCAUACACUUGUUUGUUUUUGAAAGAAAGCACUUACAUUCUGGGAUCUCCAGAGCUGACACGUUUUUUCCAAAUCGCCUACAACUCUACUAUUAGUCAAUUAAUAGAUGUUACCCCCAACCCAUUCCCAGUGUGAAAUGUUCUUCAGUUAGCAUGAUUAUGAUGAAUGUUGUGCAACUGAAAUCUGAAGUGUUGAACUGCAGUCAUUUGUCACAGGUUUAGCAACGUAUUUUUUUGUGGAUGGAAGUGGAGGCAGGUUGAAAGCUAUUGUAGUUACUCAGUGGCUGCCCCCUCAGUACAUUUCCUGAGAGUGCCAACUCUGUACACUCCUGUUUCCUUGGAAUCCUUUGUUGUUUGAUGCACUAACAAUGCCUGGAUGUCCUCAUAUACAGAAACAUGACUUGGUUGAUACAUUGUGCUGUAUGUAUCCUGGUGAUAUUGUAUGUGCUAUCUUGACUUAUUAAAAGUAUCUGAGCUCAAUUUAA